AUGAGCUCGCCUCAGAAGAACACCGACGCUGCAGCAGAGGAGAUGUCCUCCGCCGGGAUAGAGACUCUCUCUAUCCCCGAGUACCGCGAGCGUCACAAAGCAAAGCGUGACGCUCUUGCUGCCAAGACUGCGGCGGGGACAACUCAACCAGAGAUUGUCCUCGAAGGUUCUUCUGUAGUCAACGACGCCGUUGACUUCGAGGACGACGACGUGGAGAUGGAAGAGGGCGAGGCCUCUUCUAGCAAGCGCAAGGAGUCUAUCGACAGCGAUAGUCUCGACCCGCGAGACGACUCGGACGCUUCGAGCUCGAAGCGUUCGCGCGGCGAGAGCGACACUCCGCUCUCUGCUGCUGGGGCUUUAAGCUCCCCGCGUGAGGUGGCAUCUUCAAGUUCCCCGCGCGCUGCUCAGGCAGCGCGCGAUCCGUGGAUGCCGUCUGCGUCAGAGAUCGCAGACCGUGUGGGCAACACUGUGCCUCCAAACGAAAUCCCGCUGUACGUAUGCAGCGGUAUCCACGACGAUGCUCUCCGGUACUUCUCCAGCAAGAAGACCUCUUCUCGCAGCAAAGUGCCUGACUGGCAGGCACUUUGUCAAAGUUGGAAUGCUUUCGUUGAGAACUUCAACAAGAAGCCGGCUGCUUACCGUGAGCGGGCUAAGCAUGCCCGUGAGCGCUUCGAGACAUUCUCGACGCGCGGGAGGCUGGAGCAGCUCCACAGAUCCUCUGUGGACGCUGGUAUUCCAUGCGCUGUGCCCGAAGGCCAUCAGUGCACGUUGUGUCUUCCGGGUGCGGUGCGCUUGAGCGACCGCGACCUAAACGGGUACACGACGAUUCGUGUACCUGAGAGUCUCAAGGAUCUCCGUGCCAAGUUCUUGGCACGCGAGGAACGCGACGAUCGUGGGACCUCGGGCGCUGUAGGUGACCACAGCGCUCGCACUACCUUCGCGUCGGCAGUGCGUGGUGAGCUUCGUACGCCCUCACCAUUUCCGGAACGUCCUGCAGCAGGACGUCCCGUGGCUCCCAUGUAUCUUGGUGGGGCAGAAACCCUCUCCAACGAAUACGAUAACGAACCGGCUGCCGGUUCGUUUUCGGGAUACUAUGGUUCACAAUACGCUCAACAAUCCAGCGUGUUGAGCCGCGGGCGUCGCGGAUCGGAGGCGGCGGUGGUGGGAACACGCCCUGGGAGCGGGUCGCUGCUGUGGAACAGCAUCAGAGCCGGCCGGGAGUUCGCCGCUCUGAUGCAGGAGGUGGCGAUCCUGAGGGCUCAAGUCGCUCAGGUCUCGCAGACCGCGUCGGACAUCUCUAUCGACGUGGGAGGUCGCGUCGCGCGCUUGGCCCAGCGCGUUCACGCGCUGGAGCAGAGGUUCGCUCCCGCUGGGGCUUCCGCUUCGGGCCAACCGAGCUAG